GACAAAAAUUAAAACCAUUUCAUCAGUAGUCUAAAAUUUAGAAAUUGGGAUUUGACCAAAUUUGAAGAAAAUUCGUUUAAUUCCAACAAAUCACUAUAUGAUUCAUAGAAAGUCUUUUAUUUUGACCAAUUCUUAUUUCUAUUUUGGUGCUGUUUUCAUUAUCAGUGAAUUUGAUAACAAAUUUCAGGAUGGGAUAAAAUAUUUCCGUAUAUUAUUAAGCCUGAUAAUAUUAUAUCAGUUUGGGUUCUUUUCAGGCUAAUACAUCACAUCCGGAAAAUUUUACAAAAUAGUGAAGCGUCGGCGCUCGUUGAACAUUUAUCUUAUUAUUUACGACUAUGCUAAUAAUCUAGUUUUGUACAAAAUCAUAUUUAUGUUUUUUUAUCGGAUUUAAUCACACAUCACCUGUUCCGUUGUUACCAUUAUAACCUGAAAAUAAAAGUUGGUAUCUUUACCUCGAGAAGGAGAAAUCAUUAUUUGGAAAAUUAUUUAUCCAAGUGAUAAGGGAGGAUUUGUUAAUACAAUCUCACAA